AUGGUCUCCAGCUUACAGCACAACUGGGCCAUCGCUUCUGCUGAUCUGCUCGCUCCUCUCCUGCUCGCCACCUUCCUAGCCGCUACCGCCGACGCCCAAAACUCCACGGCGCCGCCGCCACCGGCGUCCAACUGGACGGCCGUGGCGGACGUGAACGACCCGACGAUCCAGCAGGUGGCGCAGUUCGCCGUGCGCAUCUACGCGCUGAGCACGAAGCAGCUGAGGAUGCAGCUGCUGGGCGUCGUCAGCGGCGAGACCCAGCCGUACGACGGCGGGUACAACUACCGGCUGGUCGUCAGGGUGUCCGGCGGCAAGAACACGCAGUACGACGCCUUCGUCUGGGGCAUCCUGGGCACCAUGUCGUGGAAGCUCUGGUCCUUCACGCCCACGCUCUGA